GGUGAUGAUGGGUUUGUGUAUGCCGAUCCCAGAAUACUCCAUACCAAAUCCCGAGACAUGGAUCAAAUCCCGAAGGUGUUCAUGGUCCUUGGCGCUUUCAUGGUUCGGUCUGCUUGAACGAACCUCUAUUAUAAAUAUCGAGAUACCGGUGUACGGAGUAGCUUGGCUUCGAUGCUGGAGCAUCGAACAUUCUUCAAGUCUGGUCUGGUCUGGUCUCGUCCUUGGGUCGGCUUGGUUCGCGACUUGGAGAAUGUACGUAUUUAUAGUGUCGAGCACUAGUGAACAAGAAAGCGAACGAAAACGAAAACGAAAGCGAAAGCGAAAGCGAAGUAGAUCCGUAUAUGCUACUUUUGAAGAAAUUGCACAUUGACUAGGGGUAU